AUGAGCCGGAACGGCGCCAGUUCCUCACGGAGGAGGGAGGGCCGCGCCACUGCGUUGCGCUCCGCCCGGGGGCGGCCCCAGCGCUUUAAAUACGGCGGGGCCAAGGAGCGCUCACUCGGCUCCGCGCAGAGCUAUGGCUCCCGAGCGGCCCCCGCCGGCCUUCGAGGCGCCGGGAAGGAGAGCGGGCUGCAGGUGUGGCGCGUGGAGCGGCUGGAGCUGGUGCCGGUACCUGCCAGCCGUCAUGGGGACUUCUUCGUCGGGGACGCCUACCUGGUGCUGAACACCGUGCGUCGCGGAGCCGCCGUCGCCUACCGCCUGCACUACUGGCUCGGGCUUGGAAGUUCACUUUUGCAGGUUACCUUGCAGAACUGUGGAGAAAAAUUUAUGAAGAAGCAACAGUUCUAUUCAGCACAAGUACUAAAUAAUGCUGAUAUAUCAGUACAGGGGGCGAGCCGGCCCCUCAGCUGGGGCCCGGCGGCGGCCUGCAACCCGCGCUGCCUGCACGGCGGGUUGUGCCUCGGCAACGGCACCUGCCUCUGCUCCAAGGGCUACGAGGGCGAGCUCUGUCAGCACGCAACAUGUUAUCCAAAAUGCAAAAAUGGUGGAGAGUGCCUGAGACCUGGAAAAUGCCGAUGUCCACCUGGCUAUGGGGGCAGAUACUGUCAUAAGGUAAGCUGUGAGGGAGGCUGUCAAAAUGGCGGGGAAUGCAUCUCUGUCAAUGGGGUUGUGAAGUGCCUUUGUGCUUCCGGCUGGACAGGAUCAAGAUGCCAGGAAGCAAUUUGCCCUCAAGGUUGCCGGAAUAAUGGAGCUUGUGUGGCUCCUGGGAUUUGUAGCUGUCCAGCUGGAUGGGUCGGUGGAGCAUGUCACUUAGCUGUAUGUAAACUACCUUGUCAACAUGGAGGAAAAUGCAUAGCUCCAAAUGUGUGCAGAUGUCGGCUGCCCUACUCUGGUCUACAGUGCACAAAGAAAAGAAAGGAAUGAAACAGCUUCUGCAAAGAUAAGCUGCAUUUUCUUCUUGUAACUCUUCAUGCAGAGAUAAAAUCUGGGGGAAGAGAUAGGGGGAACUUAAGUGGUAAUUAGUUGAAGUCAGGUAGCUUUUUGUCUUUAGUAUUCUGAGUAAAUUCAUUUCUCUAUGAAGGACAAGUAUUGCUGAUAGUAAUAAAGCUGUUAAGAAUAUCCAACUGUGUGUAGUGUAUGAUGCACUCUACUGUAUGUGUAGUAUAUGUUUUUCUGCUGUUCCCACUUUUCUUCGUAAGCAGAGCUGUUAUGUCUUGGUUGAUAGAGCUGACCUUGAAGUAAAACUUACUCUUCAAAUAAAAUACUUCAGAUCGGA